AGAGUCCUAGCAUACUGUUUGAAACCCCAAAGAGCCAUUACUCAUAUAACCAUCCUCUUUCUCUCAUCUUUUCUUUUCCACAUAACCUGCAACUUGUUUCGUUGAUCCUCACUUUUUUUUCUUCUCGGGAUCACUUCCUCCUAAAGCUACAAAAACUAUUUUUGUUUCCUAUAUAGCAGGGAAGAGGGACCAAUUUUUUUCGGUGACCUUCUUCCAAUACAUUGGCUUCCUGGUGGACAAGAUUUUGCAAAAAUCAUGGAGGGAAUGCGAGACAGAAACUCACAGCUUGAACUCCAAGACCAAGAGGGUACUAAUAUUGGGUCCUCUUUGUCAAAGCUGAUAUUAACAAGUGGCACAAACACCCUCGAUUCAAUUUUCUCGAAUUGCCCCACAACAACAAAUGGCAGCACUAGAAGCAACUCCGUGUUGGAUUAUUUAGAGCCCUUUGGGUCUUUGGGGUAUGAGCCUUUGGGGUCUUCCGUGUACCUCCGCCAAAGGGACAUCCUCCAAAAGUUCUACCAAGAAAGCCGAGGAAAUGGGUCUUAUAAUGUUCCCACUUCCUCCUUGAGUAAUUCGUUGACGAACCCUUGCAAGAAAAAGCUGUACAGGGGAGUGAGGCAGAGGCACUGGGGCAAAUGGGUGGCGGAAAUUAGACUCCCACAGAACAGGAUGAGAGUGUGGUUGGGAACCUACGACACCGCCGAAGCUGCUGCCUACGCCUACGACCGCGCCGCGUACAAGCUCCGUGGAGAGUACGCGCGUUUGAACUUCCCCAAUCUCAAGGACCCCACCAAGCUAGGUUUCGGUGACUCCGCCAGAUUGAACGCCUUGAAGUCCUCCGUCGACGCCAAAAUUCAAGCCAUAUGCCAGAAGGUCAAAAGGGAGAGAGCCAAAAAGAAUGCCGCCAAGAAGCUUCACAAUAGCACUGACCCUAAACGCGGCCAGAGUGAGAAGCCCUCCUCCUCGUCCUCGCCGUCGCCGUCGCCGUCGCCGUCGCCGUCGCCGUCGAUUUUUAACGAUAAUUGGGCGAACCAGUUGUUUUCUCCGGCCGUUUCGGAGGAUGGGUUUUGGAAGGGGGAGAAUUCGCAUUCGCCGGCCUCGGUUUUGACGGAGUGUCAAACAGAGGAAACAGAGUUGUUGUUCGAAGGUUGUUCUCUGGCUAGAUUGCCUUCCUUCGACCCCGAGUUGAUUUGGGAGGUUCUGACCGUUUAAUUAGUUGAUACUGUCUUCCUUUCUUAGGUUACUACUUACAGCGAGCGCUCAUGUCAUGUGUAUAUGAAAAAUAUAUAUUAUUAGUGUGGUCUUGUUUUGUUUGUCGGAAUGGGAAGAGGUCCUUUAGCGUAUGCCUGUGGUUUCGGCCUUGGUUUUUUGCUCAAGCCUUGCUUCAGGGAUUUUCCUAUUGCACUUGUUGUCAAUUGUGAUAGAGUUCUCCCUCCAUUAUGAAUUUUUCCUAUUCACAGCACUUUUUUGUCUGAAACUGCAACCCUGUUCUUCACCAUCCAUAAUUAAUACUACAAUCCAAUUGCAGUUUAGUUCU